GUAUCAAUCAGUCGAACUAGUGCACAAUAAAAACCAGUUGGUUCUUUGAUUUCUCUUCUUCUUCCUCCGGUUGUGUUGUCAUAGUGACAAUGGAGUCUCCAAAACCUUCAUUAGGGACCCCCAAUCCACUUCUCUCUCUAUCAUCCUUUAUCCACCAACAUUGUCUCAGACUCGGCGCCGAACUCGCGAGUAGAAUCGACGACACAAAGAAACUCGCCGCCAACUGGCCUCGGCCGGCGGCGGCGCAGAAGCGUUGGCGGCAACCACCGUCGUCUUCUUCUUCUUUUUGUUCUUUACCUUUUGCGUCUGUGUCGGAGUCGGUGUCUCAGUCUCAGUCGCAGUCGCAGUCGCAGCAGGGAAAGCACGCGUUCGAUGUUGCUCUUCUGAGCUCCGACCACGUGGCGAAGACUCUCUCCGGAACGUCUGUAUACACCGUCAGCAACUCCAACAACGAGUUCGUGCUCAUUUCUGAUCCCAAGUCCCUCAAAUCCAUUGGCUUGCUUUGCUUUCGCCACGAAGACGCCCAAGCCUUUCUCGCUCAAGUUCAGUCACGGAAGAGGGAAUUGCGAAGCAAGGCUAUAGGGUUGUUCUCUAU